AUGAGUACGCGUUGGGCCGCCGCGACAGCAGUGACUUUUAGCGGAGACAAUCUGCCGCCAAAACAAGUGUCGUGUAUAGCUACGAUCUCUUGGAAUUCACUAGCCAUGGCGCUGUUGUGCUACAUGUGGGUGGGACUGCUGAGCUUGGGCUUCGUCAACUCUGAGAACACGACGCUGGUGGAGGAAACGUGCCACCAGGAGCCGUGGCAACCGGGCCCGUGGGGCGCUCUGUUGGAGGACUGGGCCACGUCUGAACCCGUCUACUCCGAAAGGCAUGGUCGCAUCAUGGCGUUGCCGCCAACAAAGGGCUACUACGUGACGGAGCGAAUAGACGGGCCCCUGACGCCGCCACCGCCACCGCCAGGGCCCCCAGACAACUACCCGCCGCCCGGGCGACCAGGGCCGCCUGGUCCGCCAGGUCCGCCGCCGCCAGGCCCGAAGCCACCCGGACCUGGUGGUCCUCCAGGGCCCAUGCGCACUCCCCUCGCGCCGCACAACUACAACGAGUGGUCGCCGCCCAGCGGUGGCAAGAUCGUCAACAGACCCAACUCCUACGACACGUUCAGACCGAGCUACCCGAUGGCAGGGCACCGCCCUCCUCGUCCGGCGGCGGACCGCGUGGACGAGCCGCCGCGCAAGCAGGUCUCCGAGACCGACCUCUACCUGCUCGGCGCCAUCGAGAAGCUGGUCUACCGCGUCGACCUCAUGGAGAAGAGGCUGCGCCGCAUGGAGGAGAACGUGCACUACUUGGUGGCCGGCGCUGACGCCGAACCGGAGCCGUGCCCGGGCAACUUCAGCCGCACCGGCGCCGGCUGCUUCCACUGGUCAGCCGAGGCGCUGGACUGGAAGGGGGCCAACCUCGCCUGCCGCAGGCUCAAGGCGGUGCUGCUCGAGCUGCCGGAGCCCAACGGCAAGCGGCAGCUGGUCUCCGCCAUCCUCGCCGACAAAGAGCGCAAGGGCAACGACUUCUGGACGGGCGGGCUGAACCCGGGGCUGCUGUGGAUCUGGGCGCACUCGGCGCGGCCCGUGGAGGGCAACAGCUCCAGCGAGGCCAGCGGCGCCAGCGCCAUCCCGGGCGAGGGCCGCUGCCUGGCGCUGGUGCAGGACGCGGCCCUCGGCGCCUACCGGCUGCGCGGCCGCGACUGCGCGCUGCGACACCGCUUCGUGUGCCAGAAGGAGGAGGACAAGGAGAAGCUCGCCAACGAGAUAGAGCGGGCGGCCAGGAAGCUCAAAUCCAUCGAGGGUACUGCGGGCGGACGACGUUUAGAC